GCGGGGCCGGGUGCUGGUGCGAGCCGGGCCCACCGCGGGGGCAGAGUGGGGGGUCCCCUGGCGCUGGCCUGUGGCGGGGGUUCAGCCCGAGGAAGUCGCGGCAGGCGUCCCGUUCGGGGUGGUUUACAGCCUCACUGAAACGCCAUUCUCGUGUGGCUCUACGUUUCCAAGUGUUACAUAAUGAAGACGUGGUCGUUUUUAGGGGACAUGUCAGAAAAACUGAGAAGAUGCAGAAAGGAGCUGACCGCAGCCAUCGACCGGGCCUUUGAGGGCGUCAGUCGGGCCCAGCAGAGCGCGGGCCGGCAGAGGCUGGAGGCCGAGGCCGCGCCGCGCUGCUUCCCCGCCGCCGGCCGCGGGCCGCGCUGCCCCAGGCACCCGCCGCCGGCUGCCGCCUUCUCCGCCGCGGCCUUCGCCCCCGUCCCCGGCGUCCCCGGCGCUCCCGAGCCCGAGAGCCCCGCCUCCGCCCCAAACCUUGCCCCAGUGAAUGUGAAUGCAAAGCCACACGCUUUGUGCCCCCAGAGGAAACCUCUGACCAGCAAGGAAAACGUAUUAAUGCAUUCCUCCAUCUUGGCUCCGGAAAGACAGUUUUGGAGAGCCGCAGGAGAUGGGGAGAGCUGGAGGAAGGACAGUCUAAGGAAAGACACGGAGAAAGAUUCGAAGGUUGACUCGAACCUGCCCCUCAGCAGCUCUGGCCAAGAGGUCACAAAGGAUCUGCUUGACAUCAUCGACAACACGAGCAUCCGGACUAUUGAAGAACUGGCUGGAAAACUAGAAUUUGAAAAUGAGCUGAACCGUGUGUGUGAUCCCUGCAAAGAUUUGCCCUUCACGGAGGAAGCCUGGGCCCUGCUCAUGGACGAGAGCCCGCAGAAGGUCUCGGAGGCUGACCCCGGCAGCCUCAGGCAGGCCUUCGAUGACCACAGCAUCGUGGAGACGAUUCUGGACCUGGAAGAGGACUACAACCUGAUGGCCCCGUUCAAGUACCACGCUGAGUGAGGGCAGCUGGCUCGGGCUCCGGUGCUCCGCCGCCGGAGGCUGACGCGCGGUGGCUGCAGAGGCAGCCGGUCACAUCUUCCAGCGCGUCGGUGGAGUCUGAGUCACCACACCCUUCCUUUUUAAAAUUUUUAUUUAUUGAUUUUGAGAGAGAGAAACACUGACUUAUUGUUCCGCCUAUUUAUGUAUUGAUUGGUUGAUUCUUAUACGUGCCCUGACCGGGGAUCGAACCCACAGCCUUGGCGUGCAGGGAUGACUCUAACCAGCUGAGCCUCCUGGCCAGGCCUAUCACGCCCUUCCUGACUUCCAGGUGUGGUCCUUUCUGAGCUAAAAGCCCAGUUGUGUUUUUUGUUUUUGUUUU